GUUGGGUACCAGUAGUCAUCGGAUAGACUCGACGUGGAACGGUCGAAUGUUGGUGUUUGUUAGUAAUACGGGGGGAACGUGGCAUCCACGACUGAAGUCACUAUUUGUUCCUUCACAUUUAAAUGAGUGUUGAAAAAUUUCUUGUUUGUUUGUAUUAAUAACAAAUUUUAAGAAUGAAUUAAAGUUCCAUCAAACCAGUCUUAAAGCAACAGUGCUUACUUGCACACAUCCAUAUAUCGUUCAUAUUGAAGCUUGGCAGAUCUGUAUAGAUGUAUGUAUGUGUAUGUAUGGGAGUGUGAAGAAAAUACACGGUAGCCACUCGUAUCUAGCAGAAGGCUAAGUGAAUAAGAAAAUCAAAGAUAUUUGCAUGGUGGUGUUUCGGGUUCGGCCAACAUAACGCGAAAAUUAUUACAACUACAAAACGGAAAACGGAAAAGUAACGCAAUAAAGUCAAUUCUUUCAAUAUUUCUAUGUAUGUAUGUACAUAUGUAUGUAGUAGUAAUCUGGAAAAUUUAAAGCAGUCGAAUUGAUAGAAAAACUAGCAGAAGGUGAAGAAGGAAAAAGUGCGAAAUUUGUGUGUUCGCGCGCGCGCCCGUGCCUGUGUGUGUGUUUAUGAUGAUAUUUUCAUAUGUAUUUGUGCAUUAAAUAUGUGUGUACGAGUAUCUCUGCUCAUGUAAGUGUACGCGAAAAGUGUAUAGAAGAAGAAUUGUGAAAAACAGGUUUCUUAGUAGUGGCAGCGGUCGUAACUAGAAGCAGCAGCAGCAGCACCAAUAGCAACAGCAACGACAACAGCACAGGCAACAGCAACCAAAUAACGAAUUGAGAAUACGAAAAGCGCAGGCAACAACAAUAAAGCCAAACAAAACAAUAAAAACAUUGUAGAAUUCACUUCAGCAGCUGAGAAAAGAAAUAGCAAUCGUACUCGGAAUAAUAAAGAAAACAAAAAAAAAAAACACUUAGAUUCGCGUAACUGUAAAUGUUUGUACAUACAUACAUACAUACCUUUUGUAUGCAAAUUCUAUGAUAUUUUCUCUGUGAUAUUUAAUCAAAAGUUCUGUUUCCUAAAAGAAUUGAAAAGCGUAAAUAUUCAACAUUUUUUAAAUAGUACUCGUACCUACACCAACUCAUACAUAGCAAGAAAGGGUGUUAUUUAAUUUGUUUUUAAUUUUGACAUGUGUUUGGCGUGUUCGAAGCGGUGAUGUUACCAAAUAUACUAGUUGUAAUCUACUGCCAACAAACGACACAAGAACAACGUCCAGUCGAUAACAGUGUCAUCAACAAAAGCACGAACAACACCAACAUCUACUUUAGCAAUAUUAGCAACCGGUACAGCAACAGUAAUAGCAGCAGCAGCUGUAGUAACGAUAUUGGCCAUUGCCAGCACCACAACGUGAACAACGUCAGCGACGGCCACGCCUCAAUCAAGUAUGAAAAUUGUGCUGGUCGAGCGUGUCUUGUUUGUGGUUGGAUUUUGAGUGUGUUAACGUCAUUACCAAGACUGCAGCAGGCAUUGUCCACGCAUCCCGAUAGCGUCACCACAGAACAGCUAUCGCAACAAAUUGAACAACAAAAACAUAUAAAACAACAACAACAACAAUUUUGUAGAACUCUUACGAAUCGAAUAAAGCCAACAAUAACGUUGCCGUUGUCGUUACACUUCCGCCACUUACAUUUACAUAUAGACAUAAUAGACCGUUGGCGACGGCGGCCAGUAGUGAGGGCUAUUGAACUGUAUGCGAAUGUGAAGAAGACGGUGAAGUAUUGGAAACAGAAAUUUGCAAACAUAAUUCGAAAAUAUGAAUUUAAUUAUUGUUGCCAUUGUGCUACUAAUGGCCCACAAGGAAUACAUGGCAAGUCCAACACCAAUAAAAUUACCAGGUGA